CCUGGCGUCCUGCGCGCCGGAUUUCAGGCUUGCUCAGAUUCUCAGGGGCUUCCAUUCAUUUUGGGGCCAAGCGGGAACUGCCGCCCCUGCCCCCAAAAUAUAGCUUUGCCAUGGAAGGCGUGUGGGGGCGGCGGUGCUGGAUGAAGGGACCACCUGGCUGAAAGCGGCCGUGGGGGUGGAGGGCAGAGAGAGAAAUGGACAGUUUUGUGUCUGGGAGCUUCUCCUGCCUGGCCCCAGGAUGCUCCCCUUUGCCUCCUGCCUCUCUGGGUCUCUACUGCUCUGGGCGCUGCUGCUGUUGCUUUUGGGGGCAGCGGCUCCCCAGGAUUCCGAGGAGCCCGACAGCUACACGGAAUGCACAGAUGGCUAUGAGUGGGAUCCAGAUAGCCAGCACUGCCGGGAUGUCAACGAGUGCCUGACGAUCCCCGAGGCCUGCAAAGGAGAAAUGAAAUGUAUCAACCACUAUGGGGGGUACUUGUGCUUGCCCCGCUCCGCUGCGGUCAUCAACGACCUACAUGGCGAGGGACCCCCACCUCCAGUGCCCCCUGCUCAACACCCCAACCCCUGCCCACCGGGCUAUGAACCUGAUGAGCAGGAGAGCUGCGUGGAUGUGGAUGAGUGUGCCCAAGCCUUGCAUGACUGUCGCCCCAGUCAGGACUGCCAUAACUUGCCUGGCUCCUAUCAGUGCACCUGCCCCGAUGGCUACCGAAAGAUUGGGCCUGAGUGUGUAGACAUAGACGAGUGCCGCUACCGCUACUGCCAGCACCGCUGUGUGAACCUGCCUGGCUCCUUUCGCUGCCAGUGCGAACCGGGCUUCCAGCUGGGGCCCAACAACCGCUCCUGUGUGGAUGUAAAUGAGUGUGAUAUGGGGGCCCCAUGUGAGCAGCGCUGCUUCAACUCCUAUGGGACCUUCCUGUGUCGCUGCCAUCAGGGCUACGAGCUGCACCGGGAUGGCUUCUCCUGCAGUGAUAUCGAUGAGUGCAGCUACUCCAGUUAUCUCUGCCAGUACCGCUGUGUCAACGAGCCAGGCCGCUUCUCCUGCCACUGCCCACAGGGCUACCAGCUGCUGGCAACAAGGCUUUGCCAAGACAUUGAUGAGUGUGAGUCAGGUGGGCACCAAUGCUCAGAGGCCCAAACCUGUGUUAACUUCCACGGAGGCUACCGCUGCGUGGACACCAACCGCUGUGUGGAGCCCUAUGUCCAAGUGUCAGACAACCGCUGCCUCUGUCCUGCCUCCAACCCCCUGUGUCGAGAGCAGCCUUCGUCCAUCGUGCACCGAUACAUGAGCAUCACCUCGGAACGGAGCGUGCCCGCUGAUGUGUUCCAGAUCCAAGCAACCUCCGUCUAUCCUGGCGCCUACAAUGCCUUUCAGAUCCGCGCGGGAAACUCCCAGGGGGACUUCUACAUUCGGGUAAGGCACUCCCCUACUCUUACCCUCAACUCACAUGCACAAUCUAAAAUGGAAUUGCAGAAGCCUGGAGUGGGAGUCCGGCUGUGCCACUGUGCCCCGCCUCUUUUUCUCAAAGCCCGCCCCAGAGGGGAGGUGCUCUUUCCAAGGGCACAAACUACAGACGUAACUGGCAGUUGGUCAGUGGGGUUUAAGUCUCAAUAUUGGUUUUCCCUAUCUAGCUUUGAUUUCUUUGCUCAUAAAACAAAGAAUAGAGGGCUGGUAUCUGAGAAUCUAGCUUUGCUGGUUAGCUGUAGGUGGCAGGGGUCCAGGAGUGGCUACCGAGUGGAGGGUGAGGGUCUCAAAUGCAUGGUUCUCAUGCCGUAUUCGGUAUCAAGAGGCAAGUCUGGCAUCAGAGCUUGUUUUCUAUUUGAAAUGGAAUGCUUUGGGCUGGGGCUGUAGCUCAGUGGUACAGCACGUGCUUAACAUGCACCAGGACCUGGGUUUCACUCCCAGCACCAAGGGAGGGUAGGGGCAGAAAAGAGAAAAAGAAUAUUUGAAUGCUUUGAAGGGGAGUUUGCCUGCUCAAAGUCACCAAAGGCUCCAUAACUCCCAACUCAUACCUGGCCUUGAAUCAUAGGUUAACCCUGAUUAGAAAAAAGAACUAGAUAGAAAGGGUGAGAGGGAACCAGUGAGAUUUCUGAGAGCAGAAUCUCAGUACAGGAGGGGAGGAGAGCUAUCUGGGUGCCAGUGCUGGUCAAGAGCCUGGGUCACAGCUUGGAUAAGGCUGUCUUCCCAUUUCAUGGCUACAGGGCAGGGUAGUGAUGCUGGGGUAGGAUCUUGGCACAUAGGCUGACAGUCUCUAUGUCCUGCUACCCACUGUACCCUGCAGCAAAUCAACAAUGUCAGCGCCAUGUUGGUCCUCGCCCGGCCAGUGACCGGCCCCCGGGAGUAUGUGCUGGACCUGGAGAUGGUCACCAUGAACUCCCUCAUGAGCUACCGG